AUGAUUUAUGUAGAAUCGACGGUCUUAUAUGAAGUGGCCGCUAUACAUUCGAGGUAUGAAGCCAACAAUGCGCCUAUACCCGACGUAGCUUUACUACUUGUCGGAAAAAGCUUCAAUUAUGGCUUAGCUUCACCUCAUAAUUUUGAUUUCGCUAUAGCCAUUCAAGAGUCUGCGGAGUUAGUGUGUAGAAAUGGAAAUCUGGAUGCAUCUUUUCUUACGGAGAAGAUAGAACAUUGCAAACUUUUGGGAUCAUCACCUAUUGGAUAUGCUUUGUUUGCAGAUGCUAUUAAUGAGAGUGUCUUAUCAUUCUUAGAGCAGAGCUCAAAGGUUUUAAAGCUGAAAUUUUUACUUCUUUUUCCGUUUAACUUCAACUUGAAUGAAAUGAAGAUCUAUGAGAUUCCCAACGACAUCCAGAAUAUUCGCAGUGGAAAGUGUGCUAGCAUUCCUUUUGAAAUCACUGAAUAUCCAUCUGGUUAUUCCUCUGCCUUGCAAACUCUAUCUCAACUUGACUCAACGGAAAAUGAAGAUUCUAUAAAUGCAAAUUCUCAAAGAUUUACUGUUAAAAAACUUCAAUCGUGUGCUUCUCAUUUGAGAAACAAACUCGAAGAUCUCUCACAGUUCUCCCUGACAGAUUUGUCGUCAAUUUCCCAUGCUUGUCGGCUUUUAGAUUCCAUGGAUGUCCCUAGUGACACAUAUCUUAAUGAAAAAUUACAGGUUAAUAUGAUAUGCAACCUACAAAAGCUUUUGCAUUGCACCAAUUUAAUUGAAAAAUACUCGAACUACGUCGCUGCUUAA